CCGAGGCGCACUGCACCGCCGGGCACCCGGGUGCCUCAACUCCUGGGGGCUGUGUGAGCUUGCCAUCGCCGUCUCCUGCCGCGCGUCGCGAAGGGGCCACGCUGGGCGGCGCCAAGGGCGCAUGGGGCGCGCUUGGAUGGCCCCGGAUUCGCCCCCAUAAUGUGCGCAUGGAAGACCCGCAGCCGCAGCCACUUUGAAGCCUCGGAGCCAACGCUUCUCGCUCCUGGAUUACCGCUCUUGGGAAACCGCCUGCGCCCCGUUGCCUCCCCCCAGCGCCGUCCUCGUUCGACCCCGGAGCAUGGCUUCGGAGCGGCCGGUCCCUGGGGCCGGGGGCUACUUUAGAGAGCUCCCGCCGUCUUACGCGACUGCAGCCGCUGCUGCCAACUCGGAUCUUCUUCGGAGACCCAGCUACUGCCACGCUGCUUUUGCCCUCAAACAGAUCUCCAAGGGUAAGGCUGUGGGCCAGAAAGCCCCGCUGUGGUUGCGGGCCCAGUUCCAGGCCCUGCUGUUUACACUGGGCUGCUGGAUCCAGCGCCACUGUGGCAAAGUACUCUUUGUGGGGCUGCUGGUCUUUGGGGCACUGGCUGUAGGGCUGCGAGUAGCCUCCAUUGAGACGGAUAUUGAACAGCUCUGGGUGGAAGAGGGUAGCCGUGUCAGCCAGGAGCUCCGGUACACAAAAGAAAAGCUAGGGGAAGAGUCUCUCUACACAUCUCAGAUGCUGAUACAAACACCCAAACGGGAAGGAGAAAACAUCCUGACCUCAGAAGCCUUGGGAAUGCAUCUUGAAGCUGCUCAAGCUGCUAGCAAAGUGCAAGUCUUACUCUAUGGAAAGUCAUGGGAUCUCAACAAAAUAUGCUACAAGUCAGGUGUCCCCAUAAUUGAGAAUGGAAUGAUUGCUCGGAUGAUUGAGAAGCUUUUUCCCUGUGUUAUUGUGACCCCACUGGACUGCUUCUGGGAUGGUGCCAAGUUGCAAGGUGGUUCUGCUUACCUUCCGGGCCGACGGGAUAUCCAGUGGACCAACCUAGACCCUAUGCAACUGAUGGAAGAACUGGGCCAGUUUGCCUCACUAGAAGGAUUCAAAGAGAUGCUGGAUAAGGCUGAGGUUGGCCAGGCCUAUAUGGAACGGCCUUGCCUGGACCCAUUUGACCCUGAGUGUCCUACUAGUGCCCCCAACAGCCAAAGCAAGAAGGAACCAGACAUUCCCUCUGAGCUCACAGGUGGCUGCCACGGCUUCUCCCAAAAAUACAUGCACUGGCAAGAGGAGCUGAUCCUGGGUGGCACAGUGAAGGAUUCUCAGGGCAAACUUCAGAGAGCUGAAGCCCUGCAAAGCAUGUUCCUGCUGAUGAGCCCCCGCCAGCUUUUUGAGCACUACCGGGAUGACUAUGAGAUCCAUGAUAUCAGCUGGAGUGAGGAGAAGGCAGCUGCUGUGCUGGAGGCCUGGCAGCGUGAGUUUGUUGAGUUGGCCCAGGAAUCCCUCCCAGCAAAUUCCUCCCAGACUAUCCACGCCUUUUCUACCACCACCCUCAAUGACAUCAUGAAAUCCUUCUCAGAUGUGAGCGCAAUCCGUGUGGCUGGCGGGUACCUUCUGAUGCUAGCGUAUGCCUGUGUCACCAUGCUACACUGGGACUGCUCCAAAUCACAGGGUGCAGUGGGCCUGGCUGGUGUUCUCCUAGUUGCCCUUUCAGUGGCAGCAGGACUUGGACUCUGCUCCUUGCUAGGCAUCUCAUUUAAUGCAGCCACCACCCAGGUGCUCCCCUUCCUGGCACUGGGCAUUGGUGUGGAUGACAUGUUCUUGCUGGCACACGCCUUCACAGAAACUGGCCAACAUGUUCCCAUUAAGGAGCGAACUGGUGAAUGCCUGCGACGUAGUGGCACCAGUGUGGCACUCACCUCUGUCAAUAACAUGAUUGCCUUCUUCAUGGCUGCCCUUGUACCUAUUCCAGCUCUGCGUGCCUUCUCUCUGCAGGCUGCCGUAGUGGUUGUGUUUAACUUCACCAUGGUGCUGUUCAUUUUCCCUGCCAUUCUCAGCCUGGACCUCCACCGGCGUGAAAACAAGAGGCUUGACAUUCUGUGCUGCUUCUACAGCCUCUGCUCCUCCCGGGUCAUCCAGAUCCAGCCACAAGAGUAUGCUGAUGCGAAUGUCAACCACACUGCACCUGCGUAUCCCCAUGGUCAUCCAGCACUGACCACCAGCACACACAUCACCACUACAGUGCAGGCCUUCACUCAGUGUGACCCCUCUGGGCGGCAUGUGGUCACUAUCCUACCACCCACGCAGCAUGUCUUCACCACUCCCUCCACUCUUCUACCUGCCAACCCUCUGGGCUCACAAAUCUUCACUCCUGCCAGCUCCACCCGUGAUCUCCUGGCACAGCUGGAUGAGGGCAAAGGUGCCCAGGAGUGUGUGCCAUUGCCCUUUUGUCGAUGGAACCUUUCCAGUUUUGCUCGUGACAAAUAUGCACCCAUCCUGCUGCAGAGUCAGACUAAGGGAAUUGUGGUAGUCCUAUUUCUGGCAUUGCUGGGAUUGAGCCUGUACGGUACAACCAAGGUGCAUGAUGGGCUCUACCUGACGGAUAUUGUACCACGAGGCACAAAGGAGCACACCUUCAUUUCUGCUCAGUUCAAGUACUUCUCUUUUUACAACAUGUUUGUGGUAACCAAGGGUGGCUUUGACUACCCCAACUCACAGGAGUCCCUCUAUGACCUGCACCAGGCCUUCAGUGCGAUUCAGUAUGUAGUGCGGGAUGAGAAGCACCAGCUGCCCAAGAUGUGGCUGCACUACUUCCAAGAUUGGCUGCAAGGUCUACAGGUAGCCUUUGACCGGGACUGGGAAGCUGGGCACAUCACCAGAGACAAUUACCGCAAUGGGUCAGAGGAUGGUGCCCUGGCUUACAAGCUCCUCAUACAGACAGGCAACAAGAAGGAACCAUUCAACCUAAAUCAACUGACAGCUCGCCGCCUGGUGGAUAAGAAAGGGAUCGUUCCCCCUGACAUCUUCUACAUCUGCUUGACAGUGUGGGUGAGCAAUGACCCUCUUGGCUUUGCUGCAUCCCAAGCCAACUUCUAUCCUCCACCUCCAGAGUGGAUCCAUGACAAGUAUGAUGCCACUGGAGAGAACCUUCGAAUCCCUGCUGCACAGCCACUGGAGUUUGCCCAAUUCCCGUUUUACCUCAAUGGACUGCGGCAGACAUCUGACUUCGUGGCAGUCAUCGAGAGUGUGCGUGCCAUCUGCGAUGAGGUGGCCCAGACACACGGAGUGCUCAGCUACCCGAGUGGCUACCCUUUUCUCUUUUGGGAGCAGUAUAUUGGCCUGCGUCACUGGCUUCUACAGGCCAUUAGUAUUGUGUUAGCCUGCACUUUCCUGGUGUGCACCCUGUUGCUCCUCAAUCCUUGGACUGCCAGUAUCAUUGUAUUUGUUCUAGCUAUGAUGACAGUGGAACUCUUUGGCAUCAUGGGUCUGAUGGGUAUCAAAUUGAGUGCUAUCCCUGUGGUCAUUCUUAUUGCAUCUGUGGGCAUUGGUGUGGAAUUCACUGUUCAUGUGGCCUUGGGUUUUCUCACAGCCAUUGGCAACCGGAAUUUGCGCUCCACUGUGGCUUUGGAGCACAUGUUUGCUCCUGUGAUGGAUGGUGCUGUCUCUACUCUGCUGGGUGUACUGAUGUUGGCUGGUUCAGAAUUUGACUUCAUUCUGAGGUAUUUUUUUGCUGUGCUCACCAUCCUAACCAUUUUGGGGCUGCUCAAUGGCCUGGUUCUGCUACCCGUCUUGCUGUCUAUCAUUGGGCCACCAGCAGAGGUCACACCAGCCAAUAAUGGUAGCCGCUUGCCAACACCAUCACCUGUUCCCCCACCCAUCAGCCAUCACAGCUUUUAUGUUCGGCAGCAGGGGGGCACCUUUGCUGACUCCUCAGAUUCAGAGUACUAUUCAGAGAGCACGGGGGCAUCAGACACUGGUGAAGAUGACCGCAGCACCUACAUCAUCCCCCCAACGCAAUCUCACAUCCUGGUCAGAGCAAGCAAAAGCCCCAGCUUUCCCAAAAUCACAGUGGUGAAAAACUACAAGACAAGCCUAGAGUCUCCUCUGUCAUUGUGCAGCCCAGACUGGACUCAACCCACAAGCCCCCAGGGCUACUUGUCAACCACUGCCACAGAGGUCAAGGAUGCAUCACAUCAGCAAGAGCAGCCAAACCACAGACUAGGUCCUCGGCUGGCUCGAACUGCUCCCCUUCCCCCUCAGAUCAACCCCACUGCUCACAGCACCAAACUGCUACCUCUUGGACCUGGCAGCACCUUCACCACAGUCACAGCCACUGCCUCAGUGAUGCUGGCCUUGCAUCCAUCCCUGCCUGGCUCCUGCCGGGGCUACACACACGAGGGCUUUGAAUCUGAUGGCCCUGAGGAGACUGGCAUAGACACAUCUGACAGCUUGGAACUUCAGGACCUACAGCAGAGACAUUAACUUCCUAAUUGGUCAGGCCAAGAUCCUGGCUCUCAAACUCCCACCUCAGGGAUGGGAUGUGCACAGCAUCCCAAGUGAGGGCUGGAGCCCAGAUUGUUCACACAUAACACACACACACACACACCAGUCUGUGAAGCAGGCUGGAUUUGUGGGAGCUCCUGCACUAUGUCUGACCAACUGUAGGCAGGUGGUGCCUUUGAGAAUGGGAGCAAGGAGGCCAGAUGAACUGCAAUAACCAUUCAGUGAAAAUGUAUGUUGAUGGGAGCAUUUCUCAGCAACUGGUACUCCAUUCUCCCAUGCCUUGUUUCUCUGGGUUGAUCAGCCACCAAAAAGCACACUGGUUUCUCAAUUGCCAGGGCAUUUGGCUUCAGAACAACCCCAGUCAGUCCUUAUGCUGGGCUGACUGACUGACCCACCUAGCAUUGGGCCCACUCACCUGUAGACAGAAAAAGUGCCAGCCCCAUUGAGUCUGGAAAAUGGAAGUGACUGUUCCCCACGUGCGAUAUGAACUGUCUCAUGGCCAUCAUUGGGGCAGGGCAUCAGAAUGGCCCAAACACCCAACCUCCCAUGGAGAGAACAGGACUCAACUUAAGUGUGAGGGAACUGUCCCUCAUUGUGCUGCUAUUCUUUUAUUUUAAUUAAUAUUAAUAUUAUUAUUAUUAUUUUAAGCUGUAUAAAAAGAGUCACAAACCCUCCCCCUUAUAAUUAUAAUAAUUAUUUGUUGUUAUGUUCACAGCUCCCUCAUUAAAAAAGAGGCAGUAUCCCUUUAAAGGGAAGCACCAGGGUGAAGUUAAAAUGGGGAGAGCACCACCCCCUGCGAGUGUGGAGUGGAGGGAGCAUGCAAUGGAGUGGCACAAUGUGUCUUAAUGUUCUAUGCAAGCUGUGUGGGAUGGGCGGUGUUCUGCUCCCACUCCCAUCAGCAUGGCUGUCUGGGCCAGCAUGUGCCACAUGGUUGUUUUGAACUGUUUGCUUCCUCUCUGCUGGAUCCAAGACCUGAAAAUCUCUCCUCCGUGUCCUAUUCUUUAGUUCAUUUGCCUCUUCAAUCAGCCUAAAAUAGUCAAUCACAUGAGUGGUCCCUAAGCAAAAAUGAAGUAUCCCCAUCAUCAUUUAAGCUUCCAGCUUCAUGAUUUCCCAAGAAUAGUAAUGGAGCAUAAUUCAUGACUAAUAGAAGACAGGGAUUUUCAGGACAGAGUUUGUUGACCUUGGAAGUCUUCCAGAAGUUGCUCCUUAGGACUUCUGGAAGAGCAUUUUGUUCAGUUGUGGAUUUAUGCCUUUCUGAUUCCAUGCUUUAAGAGGUGCUUCUAACAAGAUAUUUUGUAUUUCAACACAGCUGGCUGAGUACAAAAUGCAUGUGCAUUGUGUUGGCUAUGAAGGGGUGUUUAAAAUGGAAAUUUGAGUUGGCUGGAAAGAACAACGGUUGCAUAGGAAAACUGGGUGUCCGCAUGGUAAAUUUGGCCCUUCACUGCCCUCUUUGAGGAAGUGCAUAAAAUACUCACAUUCUCAUUGGAGUUGGUAGCACACACCAUUUUGGGGUCUUUCGACACACAGUGUUUUUCCAGUGGUGAGAUGAUGGGCUUUUCUAACCUGUACAGUUGUAGUACAGCCACUUAUGUCACACUUCAUUAAUGAUGGUACACAAAUAGUUUAUUUCUCCCUUCCCUACCUGAAGAUUAUUUUUGUGCAGAGGAAAGAAACAUAUGUAAAAUUGCCCUUUGAUUUGACCCAGCAGAGAUAUUUGGGUGUCAGAAAUCUCUUAUAGAAAAAUCCUCAUGUAAUCAUUAGGGCAGUUCAUUUCAUCUCCUGCCCAAAAGUAUGUGUGCCGUGGUUGCUGUUCCUGAAUUCUUCCUUUCUGCUUCAAUUUCUUUGGCUAACGCUUGCCAGCUGGAUUGGUUCUAAAGGACAAGUCCAUUUCCAUCUGAUAUCCUUGGUUUCCACAUAACCAAGUCAAAAGUGCUUUAUGGAAUCUUAUUCCAUACUGUUUCAGGACAGAAAUCUGAAAUUUGCAUGAAAUUUAAAGUGCUGGUUUCUGACCCAUGCUAUCCUGGGCAUUACAAGAGAAUCGCUUACAGCAUAUAUAUAUAUAUAUAUAUAUAUUGAAACACAGUACUGCUUUAACAAAACAUUUUAGAUUAUUUCUUCCUUUCUUUCAGACAUGCUAUAAAGAAAAAAAGAUGGGAGAUAAAACAAUAUUCCUUUUUGAUUAUGAUUACUGACAUAUUACGAACAUUCUGUGCUAAACCAUUGCACGUACUUAUUUAAGCUAGCAUCAAAAUUACACACUUUUACCUGAUGGCUUUUGAGCCUGAUGAAGAGCUGCAGUUUUCCGCAAGGACUUUGAUGAGAAAAAAGGCACUGGAACAGAACUUGAAAUAAAUUCACUCAGACAUGGGCAUAUCCAAGCCCAACAGAAAGUGCAAACAGCUGCCUGGGGCUCAAAAGUUACAUGGUAAAUCUCUCAAGGCAAGCACAAUUACCUACUCCAGACCCUUGGAACAAUGAUCUGAGAGGGGGCAGUUGUGUGUUCCUAACUCCACUCAAGUAAAUGGAGAAUGAAUCCAUUUGCCUCGAGGAGAGUAUGGAAAAUGAGCUGCAUAUGGGGGGAAAAAACCUCUGUAAAAUGGGGGGAAGAAUGCAGACAUGUUUACCCUUGGUUGGAAACAAUUCCUCACCACUAUCCCUAUUACAAAGAGAUGCAAGGAAUGGAUCAAAUUUAUUUUUCACUUAAGCUAGCGAAAUAACUGUUAGCCCCAGUUCCAGGCUAAGGGUUUUAGGUUUCAGGUAGUAUUCUUCACUCCAAUUGCAAACAUCACUCAGCAUGAUUCUGCCCAGCACUUAGACCCUAGUACUUUGCCUUUUUAAAAUGGCACCGUUAGGUUCCAUUAGCUAACACUUUACACAGUAAAAACUUACUGGGCUGUCUUAAGGAUUAGGUAAAAUAAGUGUUGCUAUACUCUAGCUGUUCUUUGCUAGCAUGGGGUGAUCUUGUUUGUGGGGGGGACAGCCUUUAUGUGAAAUGGGGAAGUACUUGGGAAUACAGUUGUGUUUCCCCUUGGGCACUGAAGCACUACACUCAACCAGCUUACUUGUUGAGGGCUGAUUCACCCUGAAAUCCAUUUCCCCAGUGACAUUCUUCCCUCCAAAUCCCAGGCACUUUAAAUGUCCCCCUUUACCCGAUAACUGCUGUAAUUUUAUUCUCCAGCCUACAUUGGAUUCUUUAUUUACUUCUUGGUGCCAAUGGCACUUUUGUUGUGGUUUUCACAUUUUGUUUCUUGUGAAAGCUUCAGUAGGAUCUGGCCUCCUCUUUUAAAAUGAAUUAAGUCAGUUUAUUUAAAGCUACCAGUGCUUUUUGGAGGGGUUUCUCUUUAGAAAUGUGCCAUGUGGCAGGGACUGACCUGGCCAUUUGGAUUUCUUCAGUUUUCCCACAAUAAAACUACUAUAUAGGCUAGAAACUAAUGUCAAGUUUAGGAUCUAGCAACAGAUGACUCAUCUACUGCAUCAUUUUCCUCAUUCCACUCACCCAUUGCCUAAAAACAGCUAUCUGCAUCUAGGAAAUCCACAAUACAAGUGGUGUGUUUUCCCCUCUUCCCAAGUGUGGAACCAGCAAAGCAUGGGGAAAGGGUGGAAAGGGGACACAUUAUGUGUGCAUGUGUGUGCGUAUGUGUGCGUGCAUGUGAGUAUGUAAAGGGUGUGCUGGAGACUUUUUAACCUGAAAUGUUGUCAUGCCAUAUAAAUUAUUUAUAUGAAAAAGAAAAAAGAUUUAUUUUUGUAGUUUGUACA